AUGGGCAGUCAAGCAGCGAGCGAGCUGCCUCCGCCCAUUGGGGGAGUCUCCGGGGUCUGGGUGGCCGAUCACGGUGGUAAUAAGAAAAUGGGGAAGUUCACCAGGGAAGAAGAAGUUCUGCUAUCUAGCUAUUCUCCAGCAAAUUCUGCUAGGAGCAAUGCACUUUUCUACCUCAAUGCUGUGGUGAUAUCAUUGGCACCCCUCUAUCUUUUCUACGGAGUACACCAAAUGGAAGUUGCUGAAUCUUGGAUUGUAUGGAUUAUCUCCGCUGUUGCAUCAGCUUAUUUCCUUUCGAUGGCCUGCAAAAAUCAAAAGAGGCUUCUGAAACAUCAAAUUGUGAUGAAGCGUGGCUCUGCUGUUGACAGAGAGAUCAACCAGAAGUAUGCAAAUGACAAGAAAAUGAGCACAAAGGAAAAAGAGGAGCGUGCCUUGUUCCGCAAGAAUGAAGUGGCUGAUUCCGAGGCAACAUACCUAUCGAUUUUCUUCACGAACGUCUUGUUCCUAUCAAUAAUGCUGUUUUUAGCUUUCUUCCUUCUUGCAAAUCUCACUCCCAUUUUCAACUCUCUUCUUUCCAUUAUUGGGGCAGCAGGACUUGUAGCUUUCCUUUCCACUGCCAAGAAUUAA